CUCACGGCCGCCGCCUCGCCCUCCUCGGCGCCCGUCUCACCGCGAUUGGUGGAGCUCUGGCCGACGGAACACUCGCUCCCGCUCAGGUCGGCCGCCGGUCCGGGAUCGGGAUCAAAGUCAGGAUCGGGAUCGGAACCGGUCAGGCCGAACUGCGCAAACGUCGGGCGACCGGAAGAGAGGCGGCCGCACACGUUGUCGGCUGAGCCCGAGACGGUCGGUCUGGGCCGGCUCUACCGGACGUCAACCCGGCCCCAGCAACUGCUGGUACCAACUUCGCCUCAGAAAGUGGUCGGUUGCGACCCCGUUCGCUCGAGCCCCUUGACACCGUCGAGCAUGACCCGGCCGUCGGCUGGCCUCGAGCCCUACCCACCCCCCACGGCCGUCUGGGCCGAGACCGGCCCCCCGGUUCACGGUACCGACGGCCGCCAGUUCCGCGCAGGCGUCACCCCGUGGCCCCGCUCUCUGCCCGCACUCGACUGUCCGCAUCUUCCUCACUCGCCUCAUCUCCUCCUCAAUCAGCCUCGUCCUCUGCUCCACCUACUCCCACAGUUGCAUCAGCAUCAACAUCAGCAUCAACAGCAACAUCAACAUCAACAUCAGUACCAAUAUCAGUACCAAAAUAGCCAGCAGCACCAGCAGCAGCAGUUCUCGUGGCGGGGCCAACUGGUCGGCUCACACGAGGCCUCGACGUGUCCGCUCGUGGCGACUGAGUUGCCGCUGCACUCGCUGUCGCUGAGGCAGCAACAGCAGCAGACCUUGUCACCGCCACCACCACGUCAAGCCUCUGCGGGGCUGGUGCUGCUCAACGCGGGCGCCAACAGCACCGGCUCUCCGGACGCCUUGAGGCCUCUCCGUUCGGCCGUACAGCUUGGACCGAUCGGUGAGGCGGCAACCGGGUCGCCGUACGCUGCGAUGCACAUGCAGCAGGUCGCCAAUAAACAGACCACUCGAAUAGAGACAGGAAAAAGCCACUUCUUCAAAGAGCAUUUACACUCGGAGUUAAGUGAAAUUUCACUUUUGUUCGAGCAUCACCGGACAUCCAAAAGCCUGUCCUGCUACAAAAGAUGGUUGCAUGAGCUGAAAAACUCUCGUCUCUGGGACUUCACAAACCGAAUUCCAAUCCCUCGACUUGGUUUACAUUGCAGUCAUUUAUUCGAAGUUGACCUCUUCUGUGCAGCAAAUGUUAUCGCUCACUUUUGGGCCUCAACAUUGCCUCAACAUUGCAACGAAUUAUCUGAAGAUCAGCCCUUUUUACGCAUCAGCAUGUCGCCAUGUAGCUCUUUCCAGUUUCACUCAGGCCCCAAAUUGACCUCGAAACCCCCAACUCGCACCCAUCCUCAAAACCGAUACAGUUUUACCGGGCUCCGGAGCAUGUCGGCUCCAGCGUCGAGCUUUAAGUCAAUUUGUUCGAAACGCAUGAUUACACGCUGCUGUACUACUGUGGGCCAUUUCGAGCCUCACUGUCAUGUGAUAUUCCGAAUUAUUCUUCUGAGCCAAAUGUACGCUCUUCCGACUUGUGGGAUUGCAAUAGCGUAG